AUGGCCACACGCCACAUCCCUCGCAGCCCAAUGGGCACUCAUACCCACUUCGGCGACGACUACGGCGCAUACUUCGACACCCCCGCGCCACAAACCGAGCCCAGCGGCAGUGUCAGUGGGCACCACGGCAGUGUCGGUCCCCACUCUCGCCAGAGCACCGUUGUCCCCUACUCGCGCGCUACCCACAGCCGCGCGACCUCGCGUUCUCGCGCCACUGCCACGCCCACCCAUUUCGACCUGCCCGACGACGACAACGUCCCCGUCAGGACAAGGGCCGUGACGCCUAGUGGCGACCUGGGCGACGACUGGUCUUCGCAUGUGCACGAGCACUCGCUGCCUCCCACCCCGUCCCCUCCGCCCCUCCAGGGCCUACCAGAGGACUUCACCGCGCGCCCCAACCCUGCUGUCGGCAUUCCAGGAGGCCCGAUCGUGCAGCGCGACCUCGACGAGCUGGAAGCCAUGACCGUCCUCGCAAUGAGCGACUACGAUGCCUCCCGACUCGUCUGCGUGACGACCCAGCAGGGGCCCAACUUGACGUGUCUCCCGACAGCCGCCGGAGUGGUUUCUCAGCAGCCACCCUCAACUCCGGGAAUGUUCGGCCCCAUCCGACACACGCGCGCAAGCGAAGGCCACAACAGGGUAUGGGCGGACACUGCGCGCCUCUACGGUGGUGAACGGUUCUCGGCCCAGAGGAAGCACGCCUUCUUCACCGCGACGGGGUGGGAGCUGGUCCAGGUGCCGAGGUACGACGGCUUGUCGUCCUACCGGCAGUACGAGUACCACAGGCGCUCAAGGGACGUCCCGCAGUGGAUCUUCAUCGCGCCGACGACUCACCAAGUCUUCGCUCUGGGGGCCAUGACACACUCGCUGACCUCCGGCUAUGUCGACCUCCUCGACGAGUGGCACAAGGCCAGCACGACGCGCAAGGCCGGCACGAUGGUGCUCAUGAACCCCAAGUCAGGGCACGCGCGUGCGUCGUAUCUCUCGGGCCGUCCCAGGUCUGCGGGCGCGUUCUGGCCAUCCCCGACCGACUCCCGCACGCUGCGCGAAGACCAGGCCAACACGCUCGAGAUCGUGCUGCGCAUCGCCAAGAUAGUGCUCCGCCACGACAUCCCCUGGGGCAUUGCGUCGGACGGCUGGCGCCACUUUGUCGUGCAGGGCCCCGCGGCCGAGGGUAAUGUGAGUAUCUCGCGGUCGUGGGGCUGGGAGGAGGAGGAGAAGCGGCUCGAGCCUCUCGAGUUCUUGACUGAGCUCGCUGACGAAAUGUUUGCCACCAUGGCUGAACAGUUCGUCAACUACGCGUACCCGUAG